AUGGGCAAGCUUGACGGAAAAAUUGCUCUGAUCACUGGUGGUUCAGACGGUAUCGGCUUUGCCACUGCCCAAGAAUUUCUUACCGAAGGUGCAGCUCAUGUUUUCAUUACCGGCCGACGCCAAGAUGCUCUUAAUGAAGCGGUCAAAAAACUUGGUAGUAAGAAGGUAACUGGAAUUCAAGGUGAUACAUCGAAUAUGGCCGAUCUUGACAAGUUGUGCGAUGUGAUCAAAAAAGAAAAGGGCCAUUUAGACAUUCUUUUUGCCAACGCAGGGAUAUUCGAGGUGGCACCAUUAGACUCUGUCACCGAAAAACAUUACGAUAAUUUGUUUAACAUCAAUGUCAAAGGAGUGUUAUUCACCGUUCAAAAAGCAUUACCAAUAUUCGUCGAUGGUGGAUCGAUCAUCUUGAAUGCAUCCGUUCUUUCGGUCAAAGCAUCUCCUAGCCAAAGCGUCUACAGUGCUACAAAGGCGGCUCUUCGCUCUUUUGCACGCUGCUGGACAGUUGAUUUGAAGGAGCGCAAGAUUCGGGUAAAUGCUUUAAGUCCAGGACCAAUAGAAACAUCCGUACUUAGAAAUAUUUUCACUACUGAAGAAGAAAAGAAACAAGCCUACGACUCAAUGGCGAGUAAAACAGUGAUGGGUCGUGUUGGUAGGGUGGAUGAAAUCGCCAAAGCUGCAGUCUUUCUCGCUUCGGACGAUAGCAGUUAUGUGACUGGCAUCGAACUUUUUGUUGAUGGUGGCGCGGGACAAGUCUAA